AUGCCACCCAAGAAGGUACCUCGACCCGACUGGGAUUGGAUGUCGACAAUUGCGAUUCCCGAGGAAAUCACUCUCGAACAUCAUCGUCGAGCGGCGGGGCUGAACAGUUGUAUCUCUUGUCCUUACACAUUCGACGUGGCCACCAAAAGCAAAUUUGAAGAUGAUGAUAUUAUUGAGACUGACUCGAAGGGUAAAGCCAAAGCCAAGAAGGUGACAGGGUGUACGAAAAAGGGAUGUUCAGAGAAUCCUAGGUGUUAUAAUCAUCUUGGUAUCGAGGAAGUGAUGAAUCCUGAGGUCAUCAAGUCACGCCUAGAUCGACAGAUUGGAGAGAUACCACAAAUCAGAGAUGGUCCAGCUGGUUUAAGGAAUCUAGGCGCAACGUGUUAUGCGAAUGCUUUCCUUCAAUUGUGGUUUCACAAUGUAGCUUUUAGAAAUGGAGUGUAUGCCUGUGUUACAACAGAAGUUGUCAAUCCUAUGGGCUUGAUAGCGGCGUUGAGGUUGGAGAAAGGCAGUCAACAGGAUGCAGCGGAAUUUUCCAAAUUGUUCAUGUCUGUGCUUUCAGCUGAAUUUGCCAAAAACCCGAAUGCAGAAAUUCGAUCUUUCAUGAAGGACCAAUUCGAAGGAACGAUGCAGUAUAUCACUACUUGUCCUUGUGGACAUGAAAGUACCACAGAAAAUUGUAUUGACGUCUUGAUGACUCCGGAAAGGCUCGAAGGCGAUAACAGAUACAAUUGUCCAGCCUGUAUGAGACGUAGAGAAGCCACACGAAGACAAAUUCCUGUCGGCUUGCCCCCAGUUCUCCAUAUGUCGUUGAUGAGAUUUGUUUUUGACUACAGAACUUUGACAAGAAAGAAAAGUCCAGCUUCAAUAACCUAUCCUAAGACAAUAGUUCUAGCUCGACAACAGUACCAGUUGAGGGCGGUGAUUACGCAUGAGGGGAAAAGUGCUCAUCACGGUCAUUUUAUCUGCGAAGUUUAUCAUGAGGCGGAACAAAGCUGGCUUCUAUGCAAUGAUGAGGAAGUGAAAGAUCUUUCGGAAAGACCUAAAAAGAAACCACGAAUAAUGCUCAACCUCGACGGUGAUACGCAAACCUCCAAAGAUGCUUAUAUGUUGGUGUACAAGAGGAACAAUGGGAUAAGGGUUCAACCUCAACAGCCUCCACGUUUAAUUAUUGAGAAAGUCGAGGCACUUAACGUCACCUUGGAAAGUGAGAUAAACGAGAUUGGCGUGAAGCGAGAAGCCAUGGAAGAUGAACUGGCUCACCUUGACGGUAUCAAGAGACUCGUCGCAGAACUUCUUCCUGGGACAGAUUGUAUUGUUCCUCGCGAAUCCCUCCAAAAAUGGCUUGCAGCGGACACAUUCCCGGCGUUGUACGAACCGUUUGAUAUGACGCCUCUCUUGUGUUCUCAUGCUGGCAUUGACCCUUCCAAGGCUGGAAAUUCAACCCUAAUAUCAGAAGAAGCUUUUGAACAAAUUCGUCUGUUGAACGAAUGUCCAAGAUUAGAGGUUUGUGCUGUAUGCGUAGAAGCAGGAUAUCAGAGACUUUCCGCACAGUCUGACUUGAAAGCCCUUACUUUGUCUUUUGAUGAAGCAAACGUUGGAGAAGGUGAAUAUGUCAUCUCGAAACCAUGGCUUGACCAGUGGCGUGGUGGAAAUCUGCGACAUGGAAUUUUACCCACAGAUGAAGGAUUUACCUUAUUCUGCGAACAUGGAAAUAAGGCUAUUAUACCCAAGCACCAACUCAAAGCUACAUGUUCCUUGAUCUCGGCGGAAGCUUUGGGUAUCCUGAAAUCUAUAGUUGGAGAAUUUGAAGCUUAUGAACAUGAUGAGGAAGAUUGCGACAUGUGCAAUUCGAUGUUGUCGGCGAAUGACGAAAUCAAGAAGGCAAGAUACGAAGAAACCAAGAUUGAUAGAACGAUCAAAAGAACAUAUCUCAAUUCAGGUAUUGGGUUUGGUCUAAAUUAUUAUGCUUUAUCGCUAGACUUUGUCGAGAAAUGGAAGAAAUACAUCCAGGGCGUUGUGGAGAAGCCCGAGCUAAAUCUUGGUUUAUGUGAACAUGGAUUAUUGGAUUAUAAUCCUCAAAUGGAGCAACCGCCUGUACUCGAUGAACGAGGCUGGAGGAUGUUAACUGAAAAGUAUGGCGAAAAGGAACCAAUCAUAAUUCAGUUCGAGUCAAAACCUCAACGCGGCAAAAAAACUUGCGUCAGCUAUUUCCAGCCUGAUAUCUGCGAAGAAUGUUGCUUAGCUCGACGCUCGAACUUCGAAGAGAUUGAGGUACCCAUUAGAAGAGCAUCCUCACCUGAGCCUGCUCCCGUGUUCGCCAAGCGGUCCUCCUCGCUUGUGAAUGGGUUCAACAAGACAGCUUCAUACAAUGGAUACCGGAGUACUCGGUCCAAGUCUACCAAAGAAAUUCAUGUUUCAGCUACGAGAGACACCUCCGUCAAAGACUUGAAAAUCGAAGUUAUGGAAGUUACCAAGUUUACUCCUAUACACCAACGUAUUAAGUAUAAAGGUAGAGAGCUAGACUCAUCUGAAACGAUAGGUAGCAUCGGGUUCCUGAAAGGAGAUGAGUUGACAUACGAAGAGAUUGUGGAAUUCGACGACAUUGAUGAAGAUGGUGAACUUGUGAAUUGCAAUGGGGAAGGAUUUGGUGGUACAGCUUUAUUGUCUCGCAUAGCAUGUCCUCAAUGUACAUUCGAGAAUGAUGGAGCUGCGUCAGCUUGUAAGCCCUUCAACAUGGAAUUUUGA